GCAUCAUCCAGGAGCUAGUGAAUCGCUCUGGGAAAGCUGGAGAAUUGAAGCUGAUUGUGUUUACAUGAUAUUUGGCUCUUCCUGAAUGCAGAAGGGUGGAACAGCGAUGAAAAUGGAUUUAAAUGUCAUCAUAAAGAAGAUGGAAACAGGCGAUCAGGAUGCCGCACUGACAGCUCUACAGACCUUUAAUAAAGAGAAAUCACAGUGUUUUUCAUUUACCUCUGGGGAGGAGGAAGACAGAGAGCGUCUUGGCGAAUUAGUGAUGGGCUUCCUGGAGAGAGACCUCCAGCCGUCCUGUCAGCUGGCCUGCUUGGAAACCAUCCGCAUCCUGUCCCGUGACAAGAAAAGCCUGGGUCCCUUUGCCACCCACCAUGCCAUGCAGAUCCUGAUCCGACAUGCUGGCCUUGGUCAGGGUGAAGGCAUCACGCCCGAGAUCCCAGACCUGGAAGUGAUCGUGGAAGCCCUGAAGUGCUUGUGCAACAUCGUGUUCAACAGCGAGGCGGCUCAGGAGGCGGGGGCGGAGCUCCAACUGAUCGUGGGAUUGGCAAAGAGGCUGAAACAGUGCCGUGAGCCACAGUGGAACCACGAUGUGCGAUUCUUCGACCUGCGCCUCACGUUCCUGAUUACCGCCCUGCGUGUGGACAUAAGAGCCCAGCUGGCACGAGAACUGCGGGGUGUUAGUCUGCUGUCGGAGGCUCUGGAUGCCACGCUCGGCCUCUGCUGGCCCGACACGUACGAGGUGGCACGCGCAGGCUUUGACGGCUGCUCAGAGCUGCCCCCGCUGGGGAGGCAGGAGACGGAGAGAGCCAUGGAGAUCCUGAAGAUCCUCUUUAACGUCACCUUUGAUUCCAACCGCCGUAAAGUGGAUGAGGAGGAAGCAGCCACUUACAGACACCUGGGUGCCAUACUGAGACACUGCAUCAUGAGCACUUCAGAGGGAGAGGAGCGCACGGAGGAGAUGCAUAGCCACACGGUGAACCUUCUGGGGAACCUGCCGCUUCCGUGUCUUGAUGUUUUGCUGAUGCCUAAAGUCCAGCAGGGCUCUAUCGAGUACAUGGGCGUCAACAUGGAUGCCGUUAAGGUGCUUGUGGAGUUUUUGGAGAAAAGACUCGACCGGGGAAACAAGCUGAAAGAAACACUGCUGCCCUCGCUAAAUCUACUAACGGAAAGCGCUCGCAUCCACAGAGAGACUAGGAAGUUUUUACGGAUGAGGGUGCUUCCACCAUUACGAGAUGUCAAAAACAGACCUGAGGUCGGGAACGCUCUACGAAACAAACUAGUGCGUCUAAUGACACACAUAGACACGGACGUGAAGCACUGUGCGGCUGAGUUCCUGUUUGUGCUGUGCAAGGAGAGUGUUUCCAGGUUUAUCAAGUACACAGGUUAUGGUAACGCAGCAGGGCUGCUGGCCGCUCGGGGACUGUUGAGAGGCGGACGAGACCCUGGACAUUACUCAGAAGAUGAGGACAGUGAUACCGAGGAGUACAGAGAGGCAAAACCUCACAUCAAUCCAGUGACCGGCCGUGUGGAGGAGGAGCAGCCUAACCCUAUGGAGGGAAUGACUGAAGAACAGAAAGAAUACGAAGCCAUGAAACUUGUCAAAAUGUUCGAUAAACUUUCCAGGGAGCAGCUGAUCCAGCCAAUGAAAAUCGGAGCUGAUGGUAAAAUGACUUCAUUGGAGCCACAAGAGCUUCAUUAUUUAGCCAGCCAACAGUUCGGAGAGUCCAAUAAUUCUGACAGCGACAGUGACACAAACUGAUUCUCCUGAAAUGAGUCUUGAGGCUUUUAACAGGAAGGAUAAGAUUGUUUAAUUUUAAUCAAAAACGGAAGUGUAUUGUGAAUCAUAUAAAAGAAUUGAAUCGUUUGACACACAAAGAUUUAAAUGCUUUGUUUUGAUUGCAAAGGAAAACACA